AUGUCGUACCAGAAGAAGUCGAGAGGGUUGUGGCUGUCUCGACUCGGAGACUGUGCUAGACAAACGACGGGAGGGUCUGGGCUCGGGGACAAGAACGGAAUGGCCACCAUCAACAACUUUGGCCGCAGCAGCACGUAUCUCAACUGCUUUCUUUCCGAUGAUACGAGCCUUGUCCUUGGAGUGUCCAGUUCAGCUAUCCGGCCUCUUUCGUCUGUUGAGGGGAAGAGAGAAGAUGGGAGAGAAGGGUGGGAAAUAGUGGCCUUGAGAAGAGGGGGCGGGCGUUGCGAGCUUCCAGGAAGCCAGGAAGCUGACUUUCACCGCCAGGAAUAUGCAACUGUCUACCAUACGCGCAACCUAUCACUCAACCCAGCAAGCCACCUACUCAUAAAAUACUUCGUCGCUCUCGAGGCAUCCAUUUGCACCAUCCCUGUCGCUUCGGUGAAGUGGUGGGCACCGCCCAGUCGAGCGCCACGUUCCUCGCCUUUGGAUUGGCAGCCUGGUCAUCAAACGGCAAUUACUUCAACUGCGAUACUUGAGACGCCUUCCAACGGGCCUCGGCGACUAAGCUGUCACCAUGUCUUGGCAAACACGGGCCUCUACACUACACACCGAGAGCUGCUCGUUUAUCGUCUCUGCCGGUGCUCAUUACCCCGCAAGAGACUGACUUUGUCUUGCACGGGCACGGGCGGAUUUGACGGGCGGGAGGGAGGGUCGACCCGGAAGGCGAAUUUUGCGGACAGUGGAAAUGGUCCGCGCCGCACGAAACAAGGCAACCAUCCGGCUGAAUAUCUGUCAACCUCGAUUCCUUCACCGAAGACGUGCCGCUUUUUCUUGAGGGCCGGCUCAAUCGGAUAUAGGAUUCUUACACUUCUGGGUGCCAUCAUCGACCCCAAUCAACGACCGCGACUCCCCCUCAAAGACGACUCCAAUUGGAAUGGGCAAGAAUACAAGAUUCUUGUCGGUCAUAGGAUGCGAAUUCGAGAUGCCAGCGAUCGAGACAUGCGUACGUCUUUAUGCAGGACUCGGUACCGCCCUCGGCUUCGUAUCAAAGAUAGGAUUCGAAGUGCGCCUCUCAUCCAGGUUGUGGUCUGGACCACCAUUCUGAAUGGAGCAUCUUACGUGGCCGGUCUUCUGAUACGAGUCCAAUCCAAACGCCAACUUUUUCGCAGGCGCCUAUUUCCUCCCAUGUCCACGUCGUUCUCAUGGCCUCACAACAUUUUAGACACCAUCCAUGCAAUAAUGAAGGAUCUUUACUACCUCGCGAAGCCUCUUCAACUCCUUCGAUCUUCAAGAGACAGGGGAGGCCUGUCCACACCACCAAGGCUGUCUGCUGUGUCGGUACACAACAUCCACGGAGCUGGCACGAACUCGCAUUUCCUGACGACACAGAAUUCUAAGACCUCGGCGACUUCGAUGCGUGUAGUCCCAACGUUGUACUCAUCGGCACUGCACGUCGAGAAGCCCGGAGGUGAUACAAGAAAAAUCUCCUCACGUACUCUGGGAUCUAUCUUCGUCGUAGCCAUUGCAGAGAUGCCUAAUGCCACAGGGACUUCCCUGCUCACCUCAUGUACAACGCGUACAAUCGAGCGAUCUGGCGGCUUUCCGUCAAACUGCGGGUCUUUUCUUUGUCCUUCAGAAGCCGAAAAGCUGUACUCCAUGUCACAAACGAGAGGCCUGGCUCCUGGGUCUCACCGUCUACAAGGCCGCCGCCAUCUGUAUAUAUGCCCAACGUACAUUCAAGAAGUUUCGGCAAAUCAGUAUGCUGAUAAUCCCUGCAAGCAGAAGAGCCCUUGGCUUCUACACAACAAGACACCACCCCUCAUUCACAUGUACCAGCCUGCGCCCGGUUGCAACACCAAGGGUGUAGAUGGAGCCCUUUGGCUGGUCAUCUACGGCGUUCGGCCUUCCUUUUCCGACUCCCUCGCAAUCCAUCUCUUGCUCACUAAGUGUAGUCGGAGAUGGUUGGCUCAUCUAUACAUACUCGGUAUGACGCCAGACGUUGAACACGCAAAAGGCGUUGCCUCGGCGGAUAGAGCCUUUUGA